AUGGGACUUACCGAGAGUAAAAUCGUCCUGGAAAGAUUUAGUGCCGCAUGCUUUGAAGCAGAUUGCCAUAGGCGUGACGAUAUCCGCGACCUCCUUUCUGAUGAUAAUUUUUUAAGGCUCCUAAAUAAUCUAUGGAAACAAAUCCCCCCAGUUUCAAAGAAACGAAUCAUAAAGGCCAAUCGUCGUAAAUCUGCGAAAUAUGCGACGCCCCCAAAAGUUGACAACAUGUCUGACGACGUGCCCGAGAGCUUGAUGAAAUUUAUCCCACAAUGGAAAAACAACAUUCAAAGCUUUUUCACUGAGGAGGACGCGCUUGACCUCAACUUGGAUCAUCCUGUAGCUGAGUCGUACAGGCUACUUUUACAACUGGAGAACCGGGGAGAAAGGGAUACUUGGCGUACCCGGUUCCUCAAAGUCGUGUUCCACCGUCUUAUGAAGCAAAUAAGCAGUGGUCAGUACACGCAGUCGGCCGAUGUCACGAGAGCCACAACAAUAAUCAAAAAUUCUGGUAUUGGUGACAAUUCCGAACAAAUUAGAGAGCGUUUCAUUGCCUGGGGCAAGGCUGGGCAGAGAUUAGAGUUACUUUGCACAGAUCUUUUAGAUGCUAGGGACAGGUGUGAUGAUGGCAGAAAGAAAGAAGAGCAUCUCGGUUUCUUGUUCCGCUUGCCUAAGUACAUGACGGAUAACUACUUAAGGAAACUCCCUAAAACUGGAGUCACCCGAAACCAAGAAAUCAGACGUUUAAAGGACAGUGGCUUGCAUGCAGGAACGCAAUACAGCACUUUAAGUGAUCUUGCUUUCAAUAUCUUCCAUCAUCUAUGGGGUUUCAUUGAAAGAUCACUCGCGCAGGAAGCUUUCAUAAUACAGGAAGGACCAAUACUUUCGCGCCAAGCAGUGUCCCGAUCUCGAAGCAAAAGAAGCGCGUGCGGAACUGCUGAUGCCGGUAGAGGCAAUACACCUCUAAUUCCACAACCUUUAUCGGGACGACUUUUGAAUUACCAGGCAGAAAACAAGGGAGUCGACGAAGCACUCCAUCAUAACAACACGCCGAGCGCCGCAUUUCAUAUCUUUGAAGAAGCUGGUCAGAGUCCUGCAAGACCUUGUUGGGAUAGCCCUAACACAGGUUUGCAAGCCAAUCGCCAGAAUGAACUAUUGCCAAGCAUGAUGGUGGAUGGCUUUAAUCCGCGGCAGAACAUCCAUCCCACGCUGCUAGAUGGGUUCGCCAUUCCAUCGGCUGAGAGCACGACGGUCGAUGCCUUUGAUCCGCGGCAGAACAUCCAUCCCGCACUGCUAGAUGGGUUCGCCAUUCCAUCGGCUGAGAGCACGACGGUCGAUGCCUUUGAUCCGCGGCAGAACAUCCAUCCCGCACUGCUAGAUGGGUUCGCCAUUCCAUCGGCUGAGAGCACGACGGUCGAUGCCUUUGAUCCACGGCAGAACAUCCAUCCCACGCUGCUAGAUGGGUUCAGAGUUCCUCAAGACGACUUUCCUAUUUCAGGAGAGUUCACGCUACCAGUACCACGAGCCUCCGAUCAGGGCAUGUCUAAUUCACCAAAUUGUUCAGGGCAAGAUGCCCAGAAUAGACGCUUUAAUGCCUACCCAUCCGACGGAGUAAAUUGCCCAGAGGUAUCUAGCCAGCCACAUUUCCAAUCUUUAUUAGCUUAUUGA